AUGAAUGACCUCCACCAAGUGCUUGCAAGCAUUCUGACCACUGCUGAAACACUAGCUUCAUCGGAAGUUUCAUCGUCGAUAUGGAAUGCUGUGAGGAAAUCGGUGGACCCGAAGCUGCUAGGAAGUUUCUUGCAUCACAUCUGCAAGGUAGCUGAGCAUGGUCUUGGAGUCACCACCUUGACAUGUGACCUUCAGUCGGGAACACAAAAGUUCCAGAAGAAUGCAGAGGAAGGGAAGAGUGAUCUCGACCUUGCUCACUUGUCUGCUGCCCUCUAUCUUUGCUUGAUGCGCAUUCCUGGAUCUCGAUCCAACUUCUAUGAUGAGUUUGCGAUGCACUACAUGCUGAAGAGCUUGAUGUUUGGAGCGGAACCAUGCAAUGAGAAGCAAGAGAAGAAAACGAAGACGAGGAAGAGAAGAGCCGUCGCUAUGGAUGAGAGCUUGGAUGAGCAUGUUGAGAGUGUUACCUAG